AUGGAGGGACUGGAGAAUUUAGUUUCAGUACAAAAUCUGCUUAAAGCAGCUGUAGAUAAAGCCAUUGAGAGUAAGAAUGGAAACAUGGAUCUAUUCCUGAGAUUCCUGCUGGGCGUCUCACUGGAGUCCAAUCAGAGACUCUUAGAGGAUCUACUGACACACACAGUGAACAGCUCAGAGAGCAUCAUGAGAACCACACAUUACAUUAAAGAGAAGAUCAAUGAUGAACAUGAACUCUCCACUGAAAGAUCUAUCAAUCUGUUCCUCUCUCUGCUGGAAGUCAAAGAUCAGAUUCUGUCCACAGAGAUUCAGGAAUUUGUGAAAUCAGACAAACACUCAGAGAAGAAACUCUCUUCUGCUUACUGCACAACAAUCGCCUACAUGCUUCAGAUAUCAGAGGAGGUGCUGGAAGAGCUGGACCUCAAGAAGUACAACACAUCAGAUGAGGGUAGAAGAAGACUGAUUCCAGCUGUGAUCAAUUGCAGAAAAGCCCUCUCUACAAUCCACAAACUCUCUCCUGAGUGAGCUAGACUUGAGUAACAAUGACCUACAGGAUUCAGGAGUGAAGCUGCUUUCUGAUGGACUGAAAAGUCCAAACUGUCAGCUGGAGAUAUUGAGGUAUUCUUAAUAU